UUUCAAGAUCUUUUGAAGUAGGAAAAACUCAACCAGAUGGAUCUCCCUGCAGUGAAAUGGAUUUCAUUUACUUUUGGCUGUCUACUGCUGCUCAGUCUGCACCACAGCCUCUCUGCUGAAAUAACCCUGAAGGAAAAGCUGGCUGAUUGUUUGAAUGACACCGACUAUGAAGAGCUGCUGCAGACAGCGAAGACAGGCCUUCCACCCAUAAAGACACCUCAUAAUGUUAUUAUUGUUGGAGCUGGGAUGGCUGGACUGACAGCAGCUAAACUACUUAAAGAUGCAGGACACACGGUGACCAUACUGGAGGCAAGUGAACGAGUUGGAGGCCGGGUGGAGACCUACAGGGAUAAAGAUGGGUGGUACAUUGAAGUAGGUGCCAUGAGGAUCCCAAGUACUCAUCAUAUCCUCCGCUGGUAUAUCAAAACUCUGGGGAUCCAGCUGAGUCCCUUUAUCAUGGAUGACAACAAUACCUUUGUCCGAGUAAAUGGGAAGACACACCGAACCUCUGAAGUGAAAAAGAACCCAAACAUCCUGAACUUCGACUUGCCACCAAAUGAAAAAGGAAGAUCAGCCAGUAAGCUGCUAAGCGAUGCGUUAAAAUCGGUGAAAGAUGAAGUGGAAGCUCAUGGCUGCAGGGCUGCACUCAGAAAAUAUGACCACUACUCUGUACAGGAGUAUCUGAAGGAGGUGGGAGGACUGAGUCAUGAGGCCAUCAGGAUGAUUGGAGAACUACUGAAUGAACAGAACCUUAUGUACACUGCGCUGACUGAGAUGAUUUAUGACCAAACUGAGAUCACUGACAACACAACGUUCUAUGAGGUGAUUGGUGGGACGGACCUCAUCCCCACAUAUUUUUCUUCUGUCUUUGAUCUCCCUGUUUCCCUGAACUCCAGGGUUAAGCGUAUCAGCCAAUCAGAUGAAGGUGUUAUUGUCUCUUAUCAGAGACAUAAUGAGCCCUCACUUUCCCACCUUCAUGCUGAUGUUGUCCUGAUAACAACCACAACCAAAGCCACCCUUUUCAUGGACUUUGAUCCACCUCUCUCCAUUCAGAAGAUGGAGGCCCUGAGGUCAGUCCACUAUGGCAGUGCUACAAGACUCCAUCUCACCUUCAAAGAAAAAUUCUGGGAAAAAGAUGGAAUCCGAGGUGGAAAGAGCAUCACAGACGGGCCCUCUCGUUUUAUCUACUACCCCAGCCACAGUUUCCCAAAUAAGACCAUCGGUGUCAUCUUAGCUUCCUACACCUGGUCUGAUGAUUCCCUCCUCUUCCUCGGAGCCAGUGAUGAAAGCCUUAAGGAGCUGGUUCUAAGAGAUUUGGCUCUGAUCCAUGGAGAGCACAUCAAGUCCCUCUGCACUGGUGUCUUGGUGAAAAAGUGGAGUCUGGAUCCGUACAGCCUGGGCGCCUUCGCUCUAUUCACCCCCUACCAACACCUAGAGUAUGCCAAGGAGCUCUUCAGGCCUGAAGGAAGGAUACACUUUGCUGGGGAACACACAGCUUUUCCUCAUGCUUGGAUCGAAACGUCUAUGAAAUCUGCAAUCAGGGCGGCCAAGAAUAUUACCAAGGCAGCUCUGAUGAGUUCAGAUAAAAGUCAAGGCCGAGAUGAGCUUUGAGGUCUG